UGGCGAUGAAGCGCUGUACGUGCAGUGAUCCAGUCACUAGCAAUAAUGAGGAAGUAACACGUGGGGUUUGAAUGCGGUUGCGGCAGUGUGUGAAUUAUUUAUAAAAAAAAAAAAAAAGUGUUAAUUACACGUUCAUAUCAGGGUUAUAUCGGAGUCAGCGGUCUUGUGGGCGCUCAGGCUACUGAUGGAGGAGUUUCUGGAGCAGUACAAACACCACACCGCAGUGGAGCAGGCGUGGCUGAGCGAGUUGUACACUGGAGUGUGUAAUUGGCUGCACCCGGUAGUGGAUGUGGCUUUGGGCAUGUCGAAGGAGCAGUUGGCGCAUGCCGUGGUGUUGAGACUUGAGAGGACUCAUCGCUCUCUCCCUAUCAGCUACAGGUUCAUCUCAGUGGCACAGCUGAUCAGCACACAGCGCACAUCAUGCUUCAGCAGCCUCACCUGGAGCACCAAUCAGCACAGAGACUGGACCCAGGAGGCGGAGCAACACCUGCCCGGACACAAAGCUCUGCCACGCACUAACCUUGUCCUGAUUGGUCUGCUGUGUGAUGGCCGUGUCUCAGCUCAGUACGACGGCUUUUGGAAAGUGAGAGACACCAGCGGAAGUGUGCAUUGUGAGGUCCUGACCUCAUCAGCGCUCUGGCUCUGGAGGCUGAUGCUUUUCCCCACCUGGAACUACAUUUCCCACAAUGCACCAGUGCUGGGACAGCACCCUGAUGGAUACUUGGAACUGAUCGAGUCACCUGUCUGCGUGACCCCUGACCUUACAACGCUUGACCCCAGAGGGCCCCUGAGUGAUGUCAUUGGGAUCAGGAAGGCGGCCAGACUGCUGAGACAGAGGAGCUGUAGAGGAGUGUGUAUGAGUGUGUAUGGGGAGGUGUGUGUAGUCUGCCCCCUGCUGGUAAUCUGUGGAAAAACAUUCUUCUGCCUCAUGCUAAGUGAAGGAGAGUCGACUGUUCCUGUACUGGUCACGCUCCCAGAGUGUGUGCACUGGAGACAGUGUGUAUAUGUGGGACAGAGUGUGUGUGUCUCAGCGCUGCGUGUGUGUUCUUUUCGAGGAUUGUCGGGGAAAAGAGUGCUGUCUGUCACCACAGAGUCCCGUCUACUUUCCACUAACUCCAAAACACGCAGAAAAUCAGAGGACAUGGACACACACUCGGGCACACACUCGGGCACACACUCGGACACACACUCGGACACACACUCGGACACACACUCGGACACACACUUGGAAACACACUCGGGCACACACUCAGACACACACUUGGAAACACACUCGGAAACACACUCAGGCAUACACCCAGGCACACACUUAGACACACACUCAGACACAAACACGGACACACACUCAGACACACACAUGGACACCACCCUGUGGCAGGACCCUGAGUGUGACAAGGCCCAGGUGCAUUAUGGUCCAGCACGAACAAAAAUCUCCAAAAUCAUCAGUUACAAGGGCCGCAUCACUAAAGUCCAGGACGUGGAGGCGGGGCUUUACGAGGUUGAUGGGAAGAUGUUGCUGUGUCUGGCCUAUCAGCCGAUGAGGAAGUGGGGCGGCGGCUUGAGGCCGGGGGCGGAGAUUGAGCUUCACAACAUCCACUUCCUGUUCCGGCCGUCUCUACACGCUCCUGACGUGGUCCUGUGUGCGUGUUUACAAUCCACUGUCUCCGUGACGAACUUCAGUCCCCUGAGGUCAGAGGUCACGCUGCAGAAGUCAGAGAGUUCACUGGUGCGUCUCCUGCUGGAGCAGAACCUCGAUGUGUGCGAGUACCUGUGGCUUUGCUACUGUCAUGCAGCACUUGCUCAGAGGUUGUGUCCACAGUGGGUGUGUGAAGCUCGAGUGAGUGUGGUGUCUGAAAGGUUACUGAAGAUCAUUUUAGGAGACAGAGAGAGGAACAAAAACAAGAGAGACAUUUAUAAAGAAAUGCUGCAGGACACACACACCUGUCCUCUAACUCAGUAUCGUGUAUCCACUCCUAGUGUGUCUCUGUACUCUGUAAAGGAGCUCUGUGAUUGGUUAGAGAAGGAGUGUUGGGCGUGUCUCCUUUUGUCAUCGCUCCUCCCAUCUUCAGCAUGUCACAUGACCCGUGCUCAGCUGAACGCACUGCUAGCAUGGUCAGUGCACACACACAUUUUGCCACACACACACACUCCAGCAGACACACACCCUCCAGCAGACACACACACCGUGGUGCAGACAGACAUUGUGUUGGUGGGAGUGUUGGAGCCGAGUGUGAACAGAGCCACGGUGAGGCUGGUGGACCAGACCGGAUCCAUCGACUGUGUGUGUGUUCAGAGUUCCACCUCACAUCUGUGUGUGUCCAUCGAUACAGCAUGGAUGGGCUGCUUAGUGUGUGUACGCCGUUGUACAUUAUUGAUGGAGCGAUUCAUGAAGACAGAUUUUCCCUCCUGGAAACAUCUGGAGCAGUACAAAUACAUCACACACAAACACUGCAGAGUGUAUAUCUGUGUGAGUGUGGAUGAUCUUCACAUUCUAAGUCCCUCAGCUGCCAUGAGCUCUCUUAUCCAAGAAAGAGAACAUGAGCGAGGGAUGGAGAGAGGGAAGAAGAGGAUUAGGAAAGAAGAUAAAGAAAAAAAAGAAGAGCAGCAGGAUAAAAAAAAAUCUUCCCUCCAUCACAAUCCACCUGAAUCUGUUCAAGCACCAGCAGAAAGGAGAAAAGCAGCUGCAGAAGGAGAUGGAGGGAUGGAGGUGGAUGAAUGUGUGGCAGGUCCGUCUCGAACCAGCUGGAGGAGUGCGACUGAGUGGACGAGUGCAAAAUCCUGUGUGUCACUGCUGCUUCAUGUGCAGUCCAAAACGGGCGUGGCUUUUCGAAAUGUCCAGUCGACUAAUCAGGCACUUGCACUUACCCUGAGCUUUGUUGUCAAGGCAACACGCCUCGGAGACGUGCAGGUUUGGGACAGAGACCCGAAGAACUGCAGAGUGGAGGAGAGAGAGAUGACUGGAGGCGGGAUCACUAUGGAGCUGCAGUUUGUGGACUCUGCUGUUCGUUGGUUUUCUCUGCUGCAGCCUGGAACAGUGUACAGACUCAUUGCUCACCACACACGGGAUGUAGGCGUGUUGUCCUGUAGCUGUGUUCCUGUGAGGGGCGGAGUCUCCCUCCUCAGUAACCCCACCCUCCUCAUCCAGGCCAAGUGGCGCAUACACACACUUUCACCAUCGCUGCUUUUGCCACAGCCAGAGGUUCAGGGCGUGAUGAGUGUUUCUGAAGUCCUCCAUGCCAGCUCAGCUAAUGUCGUUUCCUUUUAUGGCGUGAUCUCUGAGCGAAUCACACUACAGGAUGAGACGAGUAAAACCCGCUCUGUCCAAUCACUGAUCAGCACUAAAGACAAUGCGAUGGAAAGAGGUCUGCGAGUGCGUCUCACUCUGCACGAUGUUAAAGCUCCACAUAACACACUGCACGUCUACAUGGAUUUUUCCCAAAGCCCAUACACACCUGGACUCGUCACCGGGGCAACCAUUCACCUGCAUCACUUUCAGCGCAAAGUUUCUGUGGUGAGUAAUGUGUACUGUUGGUCUCUGCCCAUCAGCAGUGUGACAGUUACAGGUCUGAGGCCAGUUAAUCCCUGCCCUCCUCCUCCCAUCAUGCACCUGGGUGUGUGGGCUUCUGCUGGAGCAGAGCACGGCAUCAUGGGUCAGGUCCAAGGUCAUGUGGUGUGUGUUCUUUGUCUGUGGCUGCAGUGGACAUGUUCUCUCUGUGGGUGCAUUUUCAGACAGGCUGCCUGCACUCGACGCUGCCCACCAUGUGACUCAACCAGCGCUGUGUUUCAGGCCGAGGCAAAAGUGGCAGUAGAAGACGGCACAGGUGAGGCUCAGGUGAGGUGUCCUACAGAAACACUGGCUAACCUGCUGCUGUUAGGCAAGUCCCAGUGGGAGGUGCUUCAGCGGCGUGUCAGGGUCAAAGGUCACGUGAGGAUAUAUGCUCGUGGGCGGAGAAUGGUGUGUGAUGUGGACCCUGACAAUCCACUGGUGUUGUAUCUGUGCCAUCUGUGUUCCAGCAGCACAGUGUGUCGCAACAUCACAUUCACCUGUAAACGGCGCUCUCAGAAACCCGAGAAACCCAAGUUGAGGAAAGUUAGACGAGGAGAUCGAGAGUUCCUCACCAAGUUCCCCAAACCACUUCAACUACAAUGCACACACAUACACACUCUCACAUAGACAUACACACUCUCACAUAGACACUCACAUAGACACACACAUACACACUCUCACAUACACACUGUCACAUAGACACACAGACACUCAUAAACAC